CUUGCUCGGGCCGUCCAUGUGCUUUCCUAUCACACGAAGAUAAAGUGUUCCGUCGCCGCACACAGUAUUAUCUAGUUUGCUGGCCUAAUUAACGAGUUGUGCUAAUAUUUCAUAUUAGGGGGCGUGUUCGCACUGGAAUUUUGGAAUAAGUUGUCCUUAUAGUAUUCCUAAUAACUAUAUAGCGAAUUCGAAGCAAUUGAAGAAGCUAAAAUACAGAAAGUGAACAAAUAUUUAGCUGGAUCCAUAUCAGGAAGAGCACCAAUGGAAGGCCAGAUUCUUAAGUUUACAAAUGUUGUGAAGGGUUUCCAGUAUAGAUGGUUUGUUUUAAAUCCAGAUUCAGGCAUGCUGGAAUAUUUUGAGAAAGAGGAGCAUAAAAAACUAAGACCUAGAGGAUCCAUUCAUCUUGCGGCAGCUGUAGUAUCUCCAUCAGAGGAAGAUUCCCAGACAUUUAUUAUUAGUGCAGCAAAUGGAGAGAUUUUUAAGCUUCGAGCUAGUGAUGCUAAAGAAAGACAACUUUGGGUGGAUAGAAUUCGUUCGACUGCUGAAUAUCACACUGCUAAUAUGGCUCAGCCAUCCCCUGUAACUAUCAAUAAACAAUCUACCAACCAAACUCUAGGUCGACAAAAUAAAGAUUCUUUCAAAAGAUCAAAAGGAUCACAUGAAAGUUUACAUAUAAUUAAAAAAUCACCUAGGGAAGAGGCUCUGAUUGAAGUUAAAGAUUUUUUCAUGGAAGCUGAUGAUUAUGCUAAACAUCUUGAAGAUAAAAUUUCUGCCUUACCAGCAUCAGGACAUUUUCUGAAUUCUUUAGACACUGAUUUGUUAUUGUUAAAAGCAACUUCAGCAGCAACACUACAAUGUAUACAAGAUUGUAUCAACAUUCUACAAACAGCAGAGAUGAGAGAAUCUAUUCAAAUAUCAGACAAGCCUAUAUCUCAAAUUACAAAAUCUACAGCACUGCUCAUCACUGGAGGAAUUAUGGAAACUACAGUUGAAGAUAAUGCCCCAAAUUUUGAAGAUGAGAUGCCAGAUGAAGACAAUCACUCUGAUUCAGAUUUAGAAGGAGUUGAAGAAAAUAAAAGUGUUAUCUUACAUUUAUUAUCUCAAUUAAAGCUAGGGAUGGAUUUGACUAAGGUGGUUCUGCCAACGUUUAUAUUAGAGAAACGAUCUUUAUUGGAAAUGUUUGCUGACUACAUGUGUCAUCCAGACUUAUUUUUAAAAAUUCCUGAAUAUCCUGAACCUGAAAAAAGAAUGCUGGCAGUGUUAGAAUGGUAUCUCUCAUCUUUCCAUGUAGGCAGGCAGGGCUCAGUUGCAAAGAAACCAUACAACCCAAUUAUUGGUGAGACAUUUCAUUGUUCCUGGCAUAUCAAUUCUCCAGACCACAAGAAAAAUAAAAUUCUUUACACAGCGGAGCAAGUGUCUCAUCAUCCACCAGUGUCUGCCUUCUAUUUUGCAACACUUGAUGGUAAAAUAAGAAUGAAUGCUUCCAUCUAUACAAAAUCCAAGUUUAUGGGAAUGUCAAUAGGUGUCUCUAUGAUAGGGAAAGUUAGGUUACGGUUUGAAGAACUGGGAGAAGACUAUGUAUUUGGAAUGCCAAGUGCCUAUGCAAGAUCAAUAUUAACAGUACCAUGGGUGGAGCUUGGAGAUAAGGUUUCACUUGUUUGUGAAAAAACAGGAUAUACAUCUAGUAUAGUCUUUCAUACCAAGCCUUUUUAUGGAGGAAAACUUCAUCACAUAACAGCAGAGGCAAAAAAUAUAAAAACAGGGGAUGUUAUAUGUAAAGUACAAGGAGAAUGGAACAACAUUAUGGAAUUUACCUAUGCUAAUGGAUCAACAAAACAAAUAGAUGUAAAUACUUUACAAAUUCAUAAAAAGUAUGUUCGACCAGUUGAAAAACAAAAAGAAUAUGAAUCUAGGAAACUGUGGCAGCAUGUAACUAAAGCUCUAAAACUAAAGGACAUCCAAACAGCUACUGAACAUAAAAGAAUUCUUGAAGAAAUUCAAAGGGAAGGUGAAAAACAUCGACAUGAUCUAAAUAUACAAUAUUCUUCUAAGUACUUUAAGAAAAUAGAAGGUGGUUGGGUGUUCAAGUCAUUACCAGACGACUUUUCCUGUGAUUGUAAAAAGAACUGACAUAUCUCAUCUUAUACACUCCUGCUCUAUUAUCAUCAAGAAAUUGACAAAUUAGCUUCAGAAGUAAAACAGUUGACAACAUAUCUUUGAAACAUGGGCUAAGCUUGGUCCUGUAGACUUGCUUAAUGAGUGCCAUAUUUCCUCAUGUUAAUUCUGGGACAUGGUAGCAACAAAAUGUGUUCUCUUGUUGUUAAAAUGGUAUAAUGUUGUCAGGACAGGUCUUCCAUAAAUACAUCAAAUUUAUUUCUGAUUCAUAGAGCAUUAUAGUAUUUAUAAAUUUAAACUUCAUAUGUAACUGAUUUUUUUCUUUAAGUUUUAAAAGUGACAGACUUAUUAUGAAAUAAAAUAACUGUGCAAUUUGGAUUAUUUAAAUAUACGAUAUUUUCCAUUUAUAUUUUUUGCAAAGAAUCAAAGAAAUUCAGGCUUCUUUUAUUUUUUCAUAUUCUGUAUUUUUUCUAAUCAUUUAUGGAUUUUGUUUUAAUCUAUCCAUAUUACAAAAAUUAUACUUUUUUUAAAAUUACUUUUUUAAGCAUUUUUAAAAUUUCUAGGUAAACUAUUUUUAAAAAAAUUAAAUAAAGAUGUUACCAUAAAAUAGAUAAUUUUCAAUUUUGAUUUCGUAGUUUUAAAAAAGAUUGUUCGAAAAAUGUUGCAGUUUAAAUCUCGCAGUCAUAAACAUUUAAUAGGUUUUUUAUUAAAUUUUAACAUUUACACUGAAAAAGAAAAAGCGUAAGUGAUGGUUUGAUUUUAAACAGAAAAAAAAGCAUUUUAGUUUUAUCAUCUCUAUAAUAUAGGCUUAAUUAAUUUAAUGACCUAUUCUGAAUAAAUUGAGAUCUAUCUACUGCUCUGUGUUUUAUUCAAUAACUUAGUUAAUAAAUAACCAAGUAUUAUAGCUGCAUAGCUUUCUUAAGUUAGCAUGUAGAAGCUUUAUUAUUAUUUUUUUUUGGUGUAUGCUACACUGAUAAAAAAUUGUAUUGUACCUAAACAAAUACUUAGGUACUAGCCAUAUGUUCCCUCUUAGUUAUGCAGUAGUUGUUAAAUCUCUUGCACCAUCAUUUUGUAAAGUGCAUAUAUUCUUGUGUACUUCAAGGCAUAGGAGGGAAUGUUGGUACUGGCAUGCAAAUAACAGAUUUUGUACAGCUGUAACUUUUCUACUGUUUAUUAUAGCUCUUAAUACGCUAUAGAAUUGCUGUACUUGAUCUUAUUGCACUUAUUUUUUGUAAUAGUGUCUAUUUAUAGGACUACAUCAUAUAUAUAUAGAGAGAGAGAGAGAGAAAGAGAGAGACACACAAGUUGACUGAGUGAAAGAAAAAACUAAAAGGUGUUUUUCCAUAAACUGUAAGGACAAAAAUCCACCACAGGAGUUCUCCCUAUAAUAAUUGUAAACUAUAUUUGUAUCAUGUGCAACCUGUUAAGUCAUAUUUAUUUCUAGCAAAACUUUUUGACAUGAACCUGUUUUUUUUUAAUACCUAGCCAUUUAGAAACUAAACUGAACAUGAUCAAAUAAAUACUAUUAGCCUAAAUCGUUUACUAUGAAGCUACUUACAGUUUAUUUUUAACAAAAAUAAACCUUAUAUUGUAAAUCUACAGAAAUGCAUGAGACAAGUUUUAGAUAACUACUUUUCAAUAAGAAUGAAUGAUACUUCUUUCCUUAAAUAGUUUGUCUGGACCACUUGUAAGAUGUAGAGGUAACACAUUAGUAGCUGUGAUAGAAACACGGUAAAUGGAUUAUUUUAGCCCUUUUAAAUAUAAGAAUAAACUUUGUCUUAAUU